GUAGCGCGGUGCCGCUUUUUCUAAGAUACGUAUUUUAUUGUGUGUUUAAAUAAUGUUAAAACAUUGAAUUGUAUAACAUGUUAAAAAGCGCAGAUUCGUGUUCCAUUUCUAUAAAAUAUGGAGGCAUUUGGCACAAAUAAUGUGCCUUCUCUUUCCACAUGUCAGCAAUAAAUUAAGCGUUUUAAAUUAUUUUAAUAAUUAUAACCCUUGUAAUUUGAACGAGUAUGUAACGAUGAGUCAUCGCCGGCGUUGUCUGCAGGUGGCGGCGAUGACGAGCAGCACGACGUCGGACAAGACCAUCAACACGAGCACGGACAGCGCCGCCACCGCCCUCACCUCCGUCACCGGCACCGACGACUCCAUGGACGCCGAGCCCGAGCCCCCCGCCUGCCUCAUGGACGAGCCCCCGCCCCCGCCGCCCGCCACCGCGCCUCCCUCCUACCACCGCGCGCGCGCCUCCUGCGACUACGACGCGCCCGCGCACCCGCACUCCGCCGCCGCCGCCGCGCCCGCGCGCUUCGUCUUCGACCUGCCCCCGCCCGACCCCGAGCUUCCGCCGCCCCCGCAGCCACCCCAGCCCCCGCCCCCGCAGCAGCCGCCCCCGCCGCCGCCGCCGGAGAAGCGCAACCGGACCCAAGUGAGCCAGACCAGCGGCCCCUCCACCUCAAUCCAGAUCCCUUUCGACCCGAAGCUCGAGCAGCCCCGGAGCCCGAAGGCGAACACCUCCAAGUACGAGACCCACUUCAAGUUCGAGCCGGAGGCGACGAGGCGGCGGGGCAGCGAGCCGCGCCUGAAGAACAAGCAGAAACAGGAGUACUACAAGGAGGAGGUGGCCAAGCUGCGCCGACAGCUAGAGGGCACGGAGGUGUUUACCACUAGCAGGAGAAGAUCCUCCACGCACCAGCACUCCGUGCCGCCUGUCUCCUCCAGAAGACAGUCUACCGCCCAAGUCCACGUCACAGCGAACCCCCUGGAGUCAGCAGCGUCCAUCCCGUCCGGGCGGACGACGAUCGUGGUGCAGCAGCCAUCCCUGUCCCUGGACUACGGGGGCUGCUCCACGAUCCUGGUGCGGGACGAGGACGGCCGCCGCGCCAGCCGCCAAGACCACAUCCAGCAACUGCUGGACGUCACCAGCCAGUUCACGUCCGAGGACCUGCAUGAGUUUGACAAGAGGUACGGCAGCCCGCACCACUCGCGGUCGCAGUCGGUGAAGGCGGCGCGGUCGCGCACGGGUGAGCGGCAGCUGCUGGGCCUGCCGCAGCAGCGCGCGCGCGUCGCCUCCAUGCCCAACACCGGCGUCGAGGAGGAGUACUAUCGCCUGCGACACUUCAGCAUCACCGGCAAAGGUGUGGUGAACCGCGGCGACUCCCUGCGGUCGCGGCGGUCGCGAUCCAACACGUCGGUGGCAUCGAGCGCGUCCAGCACCGAACCCGCUACCCGGGCAUCGGCGCCCUGCUCGCUCGCCUCUUCCAGGUUCGGUUCCAGAGACUCGUCCGCUGGGCUGAGCGCGUACCGGGUACUGGUGCUGGGCGGACCGGGCGUGGGCAAGUCCAGCCUGGUGGGGCAAUUCAUGACCUCGGAGUACCUCCACGCGUACGACACUAGCAUCGACGACGAGUCUGGUGAGAAGUCGGUGUGCGUGCUGCUGGCGGGCGAGGAGUCGGAGAUCACUUUUCUGGACGAACCUCCCGAUUACAUGGUGACGGAAGGCUGUGCGCACGGGUACUGCGUGGUGUACUCGACCGCGGACCGCGCCAGCUUCGCGGAGGCGGAGCGGCGGCUGCAGGCGCUGUGGGCGGCGGGCCACACCUCGCGCCGCGCCGUCAUCCUCGUCGGCAACAAGGCGGACCUCGCCCGCUCGCGCGUCGUGCCCACUGACGAGGGCAAGGCGCUGGCGACGUCGUACGAGUGCAAGUUCAUCGAGACGUCGGUGGGGAUCAACCACAACGUGGACGAGCUGCUGGUGGGGCUGCUGACGCAGAUCCGGCUGAAGCAGCAGCACGCGGAGCGCGCCCGCAAGCGCAGCACGUCGCGCAAGACGCGGGCGCGCGCGCGCUCCCCCGCCGCCCCCGCCGAGCCCGACCCGCCCGCCUCCGCCGCCAGCACGCCGCGCAAGCGCACCAGGCUCUCCGCCAGCGUCAAGGUGCGCGGUCUGCUGGGCCGCGUGUGGGCGCGGGACUCCAAGUCCAAGUCGUGCGAGAACCUGCACGUGCUGUAGCACGCGCCCGCCGAGCCCGUGGCCUGCUUCCCCUUCUUCGACUGCGCGCCCAACCUCGCCUAACUUCAUACCUUACAACUUCGUACCGAACCUAACUUCAUGGCGUCGAGCUUGGAUAAAAAGACAUAUUAAGUAUAGUCUCAUUUCGUUUCGAUGUGAAGUAACUACAUAAUUUUGGCUCAUCUAACUAAUGAUUAUACGAGUCGAGAUUAUAUUAUAAAGGUUAAAGAGCUAUUAUAAUCCAGCAUUACAGUAGCGACGUCACCUUUGUAGUAAUAACCAUAAUUAAUUAUUUGUAACUUAAUUAUUAUCCGAGCUCGACUAUUACAUAAACCGUUUAAGCAAUUUACGUAGGACAUUUAA